AUGGUUAUAUUCAAUCAGGCAGGAGUAAUGAACUACUACAGGAACGGAGAAAUAAAUACCGCCAUUACAACCGCUUCAAAGGAUAUAUCUAAAAUUACACAAAUUCCUACAGUGACUACUAUUGGUCCAAAAAGUACAUCUGAAAAUCCACCCAUACAUUCACCAACAACAGCAGAUUCAAAACAUACUACUGGUGUUACACAAGCCUCACCAGCGACUACUUCAGAAUCAACAAAUAUUCCAUUAACUACACCAACAUCAAUUCCAACUACAACCGCUUCAAAGGAUAUAUCUAAAAUUACACAAAUUCCUACAGUGACUACUGUUGGUCCAAAAAGUACACCUGAAAAUCCACCAAUACAUUCACCAACAACAGCAGAUUCAAAACAUACUACUGGUGUUACACAAGCCUCACCAGCGACUACUUCAGAAUCAACAAAUAUUCCAUUAACUACACCAACAUCAAUUCCAACUACAACCGCUUCAAAGGAUAUAUCUAAAAUUACACAAAUUCCUACAGUGACUACUAUUGGUCCAAAAAGUACAUCUGAAAAUCCACCCAUAUAUUCACCAACAACAGCAGAUUCAAAACAUACUACUGGUGUUACACAAGCCUCACCAGCGACUACUUCAGAAUCAACAAAUAUUCCAAUAACUACACCAACAUCAAUUCCAACUACAACCGCUUCAAAGGAUAUAUCUAAAAUUACACAAAUUCCUACAGUGACUACUGUUGGUCCAAAAAGUACACCUGAAAAUUCACCCAUACAUUCACCAACAACAGCAGAUUCAAAACAUACUACCGGUGUUACACAAGCCUCACCAGCGACUACUUCAGAAUCAACAAAUAUUCCAUUAACUACACCAACAUCAAUUCCAACUACAACCGCUUCAAAGGAUAUAUCUAAAAUUACACAAAUCCCUACAGUGACUACUGUUGGUCCAAAAAUUACACCUGCAAACCCACCCAUAUAUUAA